AUGCAGGUGCAACUUUCUCCAAAGAAACGGGUAACCAUUGCAGCUCUCUUUUCCACUAGGAUCAUAGUUGUUGUUUGUACGGCGAUAUCUCUAGCUAGGUAUUCUCCAUUUUUCCACUUCAGCCCGAUCGACCAACCGUGGCAGGCUGUGGAUCCUUUAAUUUGGACACAGGCUGUUCUUAGCGUGUCUAUCAUCACUGCUUGCGUUCCGGGUCUCAAGCGAGUUUUGGCGGAUCUUCGGACUGGGCUUAUGGCCGGUGCCGUUACCGAGUUUUAUGAACUCUCUGUUUCUGGCGAGAUGGGAAGAUCCUGCCUCUCUGAUACCCAGAAUUCUAAUAAGGAAACUGCUUCCAGAAAAGGGUAUCCUGGUGAAAAUUCAUUUCUACCAACAAAUAAUUCCUAUCAGAGAGGGCGAGCCCGGUGUGACUAUAAGAAUAAGGGAAAUACUCCAAACCCACUCAAAGAGCAACGGGCUUCGAGUUUUGCUACUGGAGGUAGCAGGAAAUUGAAAACCGACAGCGUGGAAAAUUUAACGGACAAUGAAAUCAUACAAACCAUGGAAUAUGAAGUGAGAUUUGAGGAUCGCCGUUAA